AAUCCAGAGUAUUUAGGUACUCACUGGUAAAUAUAUUUGUCUGCAGGUCUUUCAUCAUGUUUUCUUUCCUUCCUUGUCCAUCUAUAUCUCUGAUCUGAUCUCUCUCUCAAGUCUCCAGUCACUCUGCCCAAUUCUCCAAUCCCACCUGACACCCUCUCUCUCUCUCUCUCUCUCUCUUGUCUCCCCAUUUCCAUUUGUUCCUCUUGCAAUCUACAAAAGAAAAAGAGAAGAUCACUACACAGAAAGAAAAGAGAUCAGAGAGCUGGCACAAAAGCUAGCUCCCUGAAAAGAGAAAGAGAGCAAGCAAAAGUAAAUCAUUUUAAAACUGUAUAAAAAUAAUACAUACACACACAACGGCUUUUCUCCCGUUUCCCUUUUGCUCUGCUUCUCCCCCUGCUUUUACUGGUUCUCCUCUCUCACUCUUUCCCUUCCCUUUUCGAUUUAUCUCCCUACCCCCUUCACCUUCAGUUUACGUCUCUUCCAUGGCUGUAGAACAUAAUCACCGCCAUCAUUGAUCAAGGCUUUUUAACCUUUUCGUCCCAACCCCAAAUUAUGGCUUCUUCUUCUUCCACAAAGAUCCUCCUUCCUCUGUUUUUCUUCUUCAUCAUUUCCCCUGUUUUCCUCUCACUCUGUUCUUCCUACGAGCCUCGCAACCACGAAGUCGAAGCUCUGAUGAGCAUAAGGCAAGGGCUGAACGAUCCCCAUGGAGUUUUCAAGAACUGGGAUGAAGACUCUGUCGACCCUUGCAGCUGGGCUCUGGUCACAUGCUCCCCUGAGAAUCUCGUCAUUGGCUUGUAAGUGUUUUUUCCCCCCUCCAUCCGCUGUCUCUUUCGGCUUGGGAGCUCCCAGUCAAUCUCUGUCCGGAACUCUGUCUCCUGCGAUAGGCAAUCUCACCAAUCUCCGCCAAGUGUUGUUGCAGAACAACAAUAUCUCAGGCAAAAUCCCACCAGAAAUGGGGACUCUGCCGAGGCUGCAAACGCUGGACCUUUCCAGUAACCGGUUUUCUGGGUCGGUUCCUGACUCUUUCGGUCAAUUAGUCGCCCUCGAAUACCUGAGGCUGAACAACAAUAGCUUGUCUGGCUCUUUCCCACUGUCCUUGGCCAAAAUCCCACGCCUUGCUUUCUUGGACUUGUCUUAUAAUAAUCUCACUGGACCAGUUCCCAAGUUCCCCACAAGAACAUUCAAUGUGGUUGGUAACCCAUUGAUAUGUGGAAUCAGCAGCAGCAGCAGCAGCUCUACUGGUAAGGAAGGAUGUUUUGGUUCAACCAGUUAUGGUCCUCUUCCUUUCUCUCUUGGUUCAUCUCCUGGGAAGCACAAAUCCAAGAACAUUGCCAUUGCUGUUGGAGUCAGUUUCAGCUUUGUCACUUUCUUGAUUCUGGCGGUUGGAGUACUUUGGUAUAGAAGGAGACAUAGAAGCCAUACUGUGCUCAACAUUAAUGAUAAACAAGAAGAGGGGCUAAUAAGCCUAGGCAACCUGAGAAGCUUCACAUUCAGGGAGCUCCAGCUAGCUACAGAUAACUUCAGCUCGACGAACAUACUUGGCUGUGGAGGGUUUGGCAAUGUCUACAAGGGUAAGUUGGGGAAUGGGACAUUGGUGGCAGUGAAGCGGCUCAAGGAUGUGACUGGUAGGGCUGGCGAAUCACAGUUCAGGACGGAGUUGGAGAUGAUCAGCCUUGCAGUUCACCGGAAUUUGCUCAGGUUGGAAGGGUAUUGUGCUACAAGUAAUGAGAGGCUGUUGGUCUACCCUCACAUGGUUAAUGGCAGUGUGGCCUCGAGGCUUAGAGGACUAUGUGCAGCCAAGCCAGCGUUGGACUGGAAUACAAGGAAGAGGAUAGCAAUAGGGGCAGCAAGGGGACUUCUCUACCUCCAUGAGCAAUGUGACCCUAAGAUCAUUCACAGAGAUGUGAAGGCAGCCAAUGUACUCCUUGACGACUACUACGAGGCUGUAGUUGGUGACUUCGGCCUCGCAAAGCUUCUCGAUCAUGCUGACUCACAUGUCACGACUGCUGUACGUGGCACGGUGGGCCACAUUGCUCCCGAGUACCUCUCCACUGGCCAGUCGUCGGACAAGACAGAUGUGUUUGGGUUUGGAAUCCUUCUGAUAGAGCUCAUCACAGGGAUGAGAGCCCUUGAGUUUGGGAAGAGUGUCAAUCAGAAAGGAGCUAUGCUUGAAUGGGUGAAGAUCAUCCAGCGAGAAAAUAGAGUGGAAGAGUUGGUGGACAGAGAGCUAGGAAUCAGCUACGACAGGAUUGAAGUUGGUGAGAUGCUACAAGUAGCCCUUCUAUGCACUCAGUACCUCCCAGCCCAUCGUCCCAAAAUGUCCGAAGUGGUCCGCAUGCUUGAAGGCGAUGGCCUAGCCGAGAAAUGGGCAGCUUCGCACAGCAUUCUUCUAACCACUGAUCAUCAUCAUCCCACCAUGAACUUCAACCACCACAAGAGGCCCACGAGAACAUUAUCAUCGAAGAAGCACGACGAAAAUGGAUCGAGCAAUGAUCGUUCCAGCAGUUGCAUGCUUGGUGGCAUGACCAUGGCUGAUGAUGACUAUGAAGAUGAGGAUGAUGAUGAACAUUCCUUGGAUUCCUAUGCCAUGGAGCUCUCUGGUCCCAGGUAGAUAGAUCAGAUUUACAAGAAAAUGAUGACUACUAGUCUACUACAUUCCAGCUCUUAAGUCUUUGGGAUGAUCAAUUCUUAUACUACAAAGAUCAAAUCUUUCUUGCUUAACUAGAUGAAAUUGUAUGAUAUGUAGUGUGGGUUGGUUUUAUAUUUUCUGGGUUGCAAUGUAAAUAUGGCAUAUUUUGGUGUGUGGGGAAAUGCAAGAACAUUAUUGGGCAGUGGUUAUUUGAGAAGAGGUUUCAAUAUUUU